CGGGACUCGCCAAAAUACUUUCGUCAUCGCCCUAACCAUCUCAUUUGGACUGGAAUCCGGUCAUGGAAGCUUCUGACUUCAUAGCUAGCUAGAAGAAGAAUCAAGCUCUGGAGUAACUGAUGGGAGAUAACAUGGUGGAUCAGAGCAGUCCUAUGCGGGUGUUGGUGACUGGGGGGACUGGUCUGGUGGGCAGGGCCAUAGAACAUGUGGUCAAAGAAGAGGGAGGAGCGCGGGAGGGAGAGGAGUGGAUCUUCCUCUCCUCUAAGGAUGCAAAUCUCAUGGACAUGGGUGAGACGCAGGCAGUGUUUUUGAAGCACCAGCCCACCCACGUCAUCCACCUGGCAGCCAUGGUGGGAGGGCUCUUCAAGAACAUGAGGGCCAACCUAGACUUCUGGAGGAACAACAUCUACAUCAAUGACAACGUCCUGCAGGCAGCCCACGAGGUGGAUGCUGUCAGGGUGGUCUCCUGUCUCUCCACCUGCAUUUUCCCUGAUAAGACCACCUAUCCCAUCAAUGAGACCAUGAUCCACAACGGCCCUCCUCACGAGUCUAACUUUGGCUACUCCUAUGCUAAGAGAAUGAUCGAUAUCCACAAUAGGGCGUAUCACCAGCAGCGUGGGCGAUGCUACACAGCAGUGAUACCGACCAAUGUGUUUGGCCCUCAUGAUAACUUCAACAUCGAGGAUGGACAUGUACUUCCAGGCCUCAUACACAAAGCAUACAUUGCUCAGAAGGAGGGUAGUCCAUUGGUGGUGUGGGGCUCAGGAACUCCCAGAAGGCAGUUCAUCUACUCAUUGGAUCUGGCUCGUCUCUUCCUCUGGGUGCUGAGAGAGUACCCUGAGGUGGAUCCCAUCAUACUGUCUGUUGGUGAGGAGGAGGAGGUGUCCAUUAAGGAGGCAGCAGAGGGCGUUGUCGAAGCACUGGGGUUCAAAGGUCAAGUGACUUAUGACAGAACUAAAGCAGACGGUCAGUUCAAGAAGACAGCCAGCAACGCCAAGCUGCUGCGGUACUGCCCCAACUUCACCUUUACCCCCUUCAAACAAGCCUUGAAGGAGACAUGUGAUUGGUUCGUGGCCAAUUACGACACCGCCCGCAAGUGAAGAUUCCUCAAAACAGAUUGGCUGUUAGGAAACCAGUCCUAGGAAGGAAGGAGCAGGAAUAGGGGACUGUGAUGGAGGGGUCAGGAGGAGUGGAGCUGAAGGUUCUAGAACUGACAAAGAACUUAGGACUUAGAGCGUACAUGAAGAACAUUAUCUGCCAUUAAAUGAAGUCCUGUUAGACUGAUGUAAUGUGGUCCUGAUCAUGUUGCUGAGAUUCCAUGAAGAAUGUGUAGAGUGUAGGCUGGGCUAAUCGCUCUGUUUUAACACUCAAACAGCAUCCUGUUCCUAUAUCAGUUGUACUCAAACUAUUUGAGAAGGUGGCAAAGGUCUGGAUGGCUAUUGUAAUUUAUCGGCGUAAUAAUGAAUCCUCAACCCAUUCGACCCCAAACUGUUCACACCCCUUUUGUUGGCAGAGAAAAAUUAAUGUUUUAAAGCUAAUUUCCUGCAAUUCUACACAUUUUCCAUGUCUUAUUUGUUGAUAUACCAGGAGUUGAAUCCUGACUGUAUUGACCCCAUUCUGAGUCUAGAUCCAGCCUACGGUCCAACUGUUGAGUAUGGCUGCCCUAUAUAGUACACUACUUUUGACCAGAGAUCUAUGGCACUAUGUAGGACAGGGAUGGGCAACUCCAGUCCUUGAGGGCCUGAUUGGUGAAACACUUUUCGCCCAUCCCUAGCCAACACAGCUGAUUUAAACUAAUUACAUUCAACUGAAGAUCAUGAUUAGUUGAUUAUUGGAGUCAGGUGUGUUAGCUGGGGCUGGGGAAAAACUGACACACCAAUCAGGCCCUCAGGGACUGGAAUUACCCACCUCUGAUGUAAGAUGUGUCCCAAAUAGUACCCUACUUCCUAUCUUGUCUGGAGUGACCAGCAGGACUCCUAUCUCCUCUAUAACCAUGUCUAUACCAUAUGACUAGAGUGGGUAUAAUGGACUUAAACUAGUUAUUUGUCCAUAGGAUUCCCUCUAUGUCCACCCAAUAUGGCAACAAAAUAGAAUUUUCCACAAAUAAAUCAUUGUGCUGCCAUUUUGAGUGGGUUGUUCACUACUCAAUUUGUCUGCUGUAUCAUAUAGAAUACCAGGAGGAGUGGAGCUGAAGGUUCUAGAACUGACAAAGAACUUAGGACUUAGAGCGUACAUGAAGAACAUUAUCUGCCAUUAAAUGAAGUCCUGUUAGACUGAUGUAAUGUGGUCCUGAUCAUGUUGCUGAGAUUCCAUGAAGAAUGUGUAGAGUGUAGGCUGGGCUAAUCGCUCUGUUUUAACACUCAAACAGCAUCCUGUUCCUAUAUCAGUUGUACUCAAACUAUUUGAGAAGGUGGCAAAGGUCUGGAUGGCUAUUGUAAUUUAUCGGCGUAAUAAUGAAUCCUCAACCCAUUCGACCCCAAACUGUUCACACCCCUUUUGUUGGCAGAGAAAAAUUAAUGUUUUAAAGCUAAUUUCCUGCAAUUCUACACAUUUUCCAUGUCUUAUUUGUUGAUAUACCAGGAGUUGAAUCCUGACUGUAUUGACCCCAUUCUGAGUCUAGAUCCAGCCUACGGUCCAACUGUUGAGUAUGGCUGCCCUAUAUAGUACACUACUUUUGACCAGAGAUCUAUGGCACUAUGUAGGACAGGGAUGGGCAACUCCAGUCCUUGAGGGCCUGAUUGGUGAAACACUUUUCGCCCAUCCCUAGCCAACACAGCUGAUUUAAACUAAUUACAUUCAACUGAAGAUCAUGAUUAGUUGAUUAUUGGAGUCAGGUGUGUUAGCUGGGGCUGGGGAAAAACUGACACACCAAUCAGGCCCUCAGGGACUGGAAUUACCCACCUCUGAUGUAAGAUGUGUCCCAAAUAGUACCCUACUUCCUAUCUUGUCUGGAGUGACCAGCAGGACUCCUAUCUCCUCUAUAACCAUGUCUAUACCAUAUGACUAGAGUGGGUAUAAUGGACUUAAACUAGUUAUUUGUCCAUAGGAUUCCCUCUAUGUCCACCCAAUAUGGCAACAAAAUAGAAUUUUCCACAAAUAAAUCAUUGUGCUGCCAUUUUGAGUGGGUUGUUCACUACUCAAUUUGUCUGCUGUAUCAUAUAGAAUACCAGGUAGUUUUGGAUAUGUUCUUUUAUAACUUUCUUCACAAAAUACAACUGUGCAAUAUGUACAUGAGUGGUGGGCUGAGAGAAUAAAUCAAUGUUUAUUUUAA